AUACAACCUCUAUGGGAAGGACCUGAAGGAGAGAGCUUUAAUUGACAUGUAUGUGGAAGGAACAGGUGAUCUGUUGAUGAUGCUGAUGUACCUUCCAUUCAAGACUGACGACAAAGAACAGCAUAAAGCUCUAACUAUUGAGAGAGCCACAACCAGAUACUUCCCAGUUUACGAGAAAGUUUUAAAAGACCAUGGUCAAGAUUUUCUUGUUGGUAACAAGUUUAGUUGGGCAGAUGUACAUCUGCUUGAAACUAUUCUUGAAUCAGCAGAGGUGAAGCCUGAUAUUCUCUCUAAAUUUCCUCUGCUGCAGGCAUUCAAAACAAGAAUAAGCAACAUCCCCACAAUUAAGAAAUUCCUGCAGCCUGGUGGCCUGAGAAAACCCCCCACAGAUGAAAAGCUUGUUGCACAAAUUGGAAAGAUUUACAGCAUUUGAGAAUACAAGUUGUGGAUGAUCUUGCAAAGCAUAAUUUUAGCCAUUUUACUCUUUUUCUCCAGCUGUACUAUUAAUUAUAAGGCCCAUGUGAACUGAAAUAUUAUCUUCAUGCAUGCACACACAUAGAUAAUUCCUCUUGAAUAAUCUCAAAUGCUUUUGAACCUGUGAAAAAUCCUGUACUCAGUAAUGUAAAUAAGAAUUCUUAUUUGAAGGCACUAUAUUUCUAAGCCUUCUUUACAUUAUUCGGAAGAGCAGAACUGCCCAGGUUCAUAAACAGGCAUUGUAUCACUCGCUGUCUCUCCACAUGAGCAAUGUUAAGAAUAAACUGGAAUCCAUCUCAAAUGUAUUCAUGUGUCAUAUUAGAAGGGGUUAAACAGUUAUUUAGAAAAUUCAUAAUUGAAUUAAAUUUUUAUGAAAUAAUUAUAUCCCAUCAUAGUAAUCACCAGCAUGAACUACUUAAUUAUGACCAAAGAUACUUGCCUUGACAACUGAAUAAACUUCUCAUUCAUUGCUGA